AUGGAGGCUGCUAGGUUGAUCAAAAAUCUCAAAAAUUAUACAGUAGAAACUCAUUUGCCACUUUUCAAUACGUGGCCUGUUAAUCGGAGGAGUGCUGUCUUGGUGUUGCUGUUUAUUGGAAGCAAUGGUGAGUUGCGAGUAUUUCUGACUAAGAGGGCACGGAACUUGAGGAGUUUCUCCGGCCAUGUAUCACUUCCCGGGGGAAAGGCUGAUUCACCAUCGGAGACAUCCGAAAUGGUGGCCAGAAGAGAGUCUGAGGAAGAAAUUGGCCUUCCUAGUGAUGGGAACAUCUUACUCCAAGAUUACGGCAUGAAAAUUGAGAACAUCACGCACAAUAUUCCGCAUUUCCUAUCACGAACAUUUCUCAGCGUUAAACCUAUUGUGUCAUUUCUUUACAAUUCAAAGACCCCGAGUGAGAGGCGCUAUGUAGAUCCGUUGAAUGGAUCCAAAUUUUUUGGCAAGCUAAACGCAGGGGAGACGACCUCGCUGUUCUCUGUUCCUCUCUGUGACCUCAUAGCUCACCAAAACCAGUGGAAUGACUACAAUCCAGAAUAUGUCAACCGAAAGGAAUACAUAUCGAAGUGGGGUGGUUUGUCAUGGUUAAUUCAACAUUUUUACUAUCCUAACGAAAAUGUCAAAGACGCACAUUGGUUGAAUGAGAUCAUUGACACUAGUUCUGGAGAUGAAGAUUUUGAGGGUGUCCUUUGCAAAAACGUGUGGGGCCUCACGGCCAAAAUUUUACAGGAAGUUUGUCGUGUCGCGAACGACACUGCCCGUACAACAAUUGGGCAUGAGGAGCUCAUAUACACUUUACACAAGUUCGGCGGACAACUCCAGAGUCGUAAGAGAACUCACUGGGAGAGCGAUAUGAUCUUGAACAAACGUAAGGUAUAUUAUAGCGAUGUAAUACCGAAACAGCAUUUCAAGAAAUUAUCAAAGUUAGAAUUUUGA